AUGGCUCCGUAUGGUUUGUUGGAUCCGCUGCCCUUGGUCAGUUUUGAAAGUAAAGCCCAGUUCUCUGCGAGUCGGGCUCUGAGCUUGGCCAGGAGUAAAUACUUUAAGCUCCCAGAGACGGAGAGCCGCCAGGUGGACGUGUGGAGCAUCAAACCGCCGGAUUUCUCCCUCAAACUCUACAGAUCUCUGUCGGUUCCUCAGAGGAAAGAGAGGAAGACUCUGACUGUUCCAGCAGCUCGACAGACAACGAGGACAAGUGGAAUAUUUCUGCCUGAUGUUUCACCUGAGACUGACAAGAGGAUUGACCGUGUGAAGUUCAUCACCUCUCACAGGCCUCGUGAUGCUCUGGAGUCAGAGCUGAGGUUCAUCACCUCUCACAGGCCUCCUGACGCUCUGGAAUCUGAGCUGAGGUUCAUCACAUCUCACAGGCCUCCUGACGCUCUGGAGUCAGAGCUGAGGUUCAUCACCUCUCACAGGCCUCCUGACGCUCUGGAGUCUGAUGUGAGGUUCAUCACCUCUCACAGGCCUCCUGACGCUCUGGAAUCUGAGCUGAGGUUCAUCACAUCUCACAGGCCUCCUGACGCUCUGGAGUCAGAGCUGAGGUUCAUCACCUCUCACAGGCCUCCUGACGCUCUGGAGUCUGAUGUGAGGUUCAUCACCUCUCACAGGCCUCCUGACGCUCUGGAAUCUGAGCUGAGGUUCAUCACAUCUCACAGGCCUCCUGAUGCUCUGGAGUCUGAGCUGAGGUUCAUCACAUCUCACAGGCCUCCUGACGCUCUGGAAUCUGAGCUGAAGUUCGUCAGGACGGGAAAGUUUCCGUCUGAACCGUACGUGAACCCCCGGCCUCACAACUUCAGAGCGCUCGAUGAAAACCUUCCAGACAUAGUCACCACAUACGAGAGGGAUCCUGGGAACCUGACUUUAAAAUUAAAGCAUUUGGACACAAUGUCGACCCCACGAUGCGACACUCGCUGCACUUUGAGGGACACCAGGACGAAGAUGGACACAUUUAAACCUGCAGAGCCUCAAUGGGACAUGAGGCUCGUCUUCCCUCAGUCUCCCUGGCCUCCACAGUCAGCUUCUUACACUAGACAUCAGAGAAGAAGAGGAGCGUACAGCGCCUUCAUCGAUCGGGUCGAGGAGAAACUCUCAAGAUCCUGGAAACUUACAUCAUGACUCUGUUCCCACUGAUGCACCAGUUUGACCAGUGUUUCCUGAGUGUGUUUUUAUCAUCAUCUG